AGAAUUGAAUUCCAUUUACACUUUUCUUCUUUUUUUUCCCUUACAAUAACACAAAGUUCAACAACCCCCAUGUCGUGGUUUCUUAUAGCGGCUGCGGCAAUCGCCGCCGUCGUCUCAUACAAUCUUAUCCAACGGCUGAGAUUCAAGCUCCCACCAGGCCCACGUCCUAAGCCUAUCGUCGGUAACCUCUACGACAUAAAACCUGUCAGGUUCAGAUGCUACUACGAGUGGGCACAAACCUAUGGACCAAUCAUAUCCGUCUGGAUCGGUUCUAUCUUAAACGUGGUCGUAUCAAGCGCCGAGUUAGCCAAAGAAGUCCUCAAAGAGCACGACCAGAAACUAGCCGACCGUCACCGGAACCGAUCCACAGAAGCGUUCAGCCGCAACGGUCAGGAUCUGAUAUGGGCUGAUUAUGGGCCUCACUACGUGAAGGUGAGAAAAGUUUGCACGCUUGAGCUCUUCACACCAAAAAGACUCGAGUCUCUUAGACCUAUCCGUGAAGAUGAGGUCACUGCCAUGGUCGAGUCCGUCUUCAGAGACUGUAACAUUCCUGAAAACAGAAUGAAAGGAUUACAACUGAGGAAGUACUUAGGAGCGGUUGCGUUCAACAACAUAACGCGGCUAGCGUUUGGGAAGCGUUUUGUGAACGCGGAAGGUGUGAUGGACGAGCAAGGGCUUGAGUUCAAGGCCAUUGUAUCCAACGGUCUGAAGCUAGGUGCUUCACUGUCUAUAGCUGAACACAUCCCCUGGCUCCGGUGGAUGUUUCCAGCCGAUGAGAAGUCUUUUGCUAUGCACGGAGCUCGCCGCGACCGCCUCACGCGAGCUAUCAUGGAGGAACACACUUUGGCACGUCAAAAGUCUAGUGGAGCUAAGCAGCAUUUUGUUGAUGCGUUGCUUACGUUGAAGGAUCAGUAUGAUCUUAGUGAAGACACCAUCAUUGGUCUUCUAUGGGACAUGAUCACGGCGGGGAUGGACACAACAGCUAUAACAGCAGAAUGGGCCAUGGCAGAGAUGAUCAAGAACCCAAGAGUGCAACAAAAGGUACAAGAAGAAUUCGACAGAGUGGUUGGACUAGACCGGGUCUUAACCGAGCCAGACUUCUCACGCUUACCCUACCUCCAAUGCGUGGUUAAAGAAUCCUUCAGACUCCACCCGCCAACGCCACUAAUGCUUCCUCACAGAUCCAACGCAGACGUCAAGAUCGGAGGCUACGACAUUCCCAAAGGCUCAAACGUCCAUGUGAACGUUUGGGCGGUGGCUAGAGACCCGGCCGUGUGGAAAAACCCAUUAGAGUUUAGACCAGAGAGGUUCUUGGAAGAAGAUGUUGACAUGAAAGGUCAUGAUUUUAGGCUGCUUCCGUUUGGAGCAGGAAGAAGGGUUUGUCCAGGUGCACAACUUGGGAUUAACUUGGUGACUUCUAUGAUGAGUCAUUUGCUUCACCAUUUUGUUUGGACACCGCCGCCAGGGACUAAACCAGAUGAGAUUGACAUGUCUGAAAACCCUGGACUAGUUACUUACAUGCGUGUUCCUGUUCAAGCUGUGGCUACUCCUCGGUUACCUUCUGAUCUUUAUAAACGUGUGCCUUAUGAUAUGUAAAUGUCUCUCUCUUUCUCAUCUACCUUCUGCUGUUAUGCAACUGAUGAUGAUGAUCUUGCUGUUUUUUUUUUGUAUUAUUGUUUCUUUUAAGGUUUUAUCAUCUACAACUUUUGAUGAGAUUAGUUGUGUCAAUUGUCUUAAGGUUGAGCAAAGAAACCAGCUUCUUUGUCAUUCAGUUUGAGGAUCUUUGUAUUAUUAACCGAACCCGACCCAAACAUAUAUAAAACCUGAAAAGGGUUU